AUGUUCAAGCACGCUGCCGCCUCGCUUUCGCGCCCGCUCGCACGCGGCUUCUCCUCCUCCGCCGCGCGCGCCUCGUACGAGGACACGAUCAAGAACCUGCUCAUCAACAAGGACUCGCGCGUCAUCUGCCAGGGUUUCACCGGCAAGACGGGCACGUUCCACUGUCAACAGGCGCUCGAGUACGGUACCAAGCUCGUCGGGGGUGUUUCGCCCAAGAAGGCUGGUCAGACGCAUUUGGGUCUGCCCGUGUUUGGGUCGGUCAAGGAGGCGGUUCGUGAGACCAAGCCGCACGCUUCCGUGCUGUACGUCCCCCCUCCCGGUGCGGCGGACGCCAUCAUCGAGGCGAUCGAGAACGAGGUCCCGCUGAUCGUGGCCAUCACUGAGGGUAUUCCGCAGAAGGACGAGAUUCGCGUUGCUGCGGCGUUGCGCUCGCAGUCUGCUUCCCGACUGGUUGGGCCUAACUGCCCCGGUAUCAUCAACCCCGAGGGUUGCAAGAUCGGUAUCAUGCCCGGUCACAUUCACACCCCGGGACGCAUCGGUAUCGUCUCGCGUUCGGGUACGCUCACGUACGAGGCGGUCAACCAGACCACCCAGGUCGGCCUCGGCCAAAGCAUCUGCGUCGGUAUCGGCGGUGACCCCUUCCCCGGCUCCACCACGCUCGACCUGGUCAAGCUGCUGCUCGACCACGACAAGUCCGAAGGCAUCGUGCUCAUCGGCGAGAUCGGCGGAUCCAUGGAGGAGGACGCCGCCGAGUAUCUCGCUCAGUACAACAAGACGAGGAAAAACCCCAAGCCCGUCGUCGCCUUCAUCGCCGGCCGCACCGCCCCUCCCGGCAGGAGGAUGGGUCACGCCGGCGCCAUCAUCGCCGGUGGCAAGGGUGGUGCCGAUGACAAGGUCAAGGCUCUCACGGAUGCCGGCGCUAUCGUCGCCGAUUCGCCCGCAAAGAUCGGCGCCCUCAUGAAGAAGGCUAUGCAGGAGGCUGGUUUGGCUUAG